CAUCUCGACCCAAUGCGCCGAAUACCACCCCCGCAGCGGGCAAUUGACCGUUCGCUCUCGAUACCGAAUUCGUUGCGGCACCAAUCUCCCUUCUCGCAAUGUCGUCGUGCCACGUCGCCGCACCCCCUUCUCCGCACCACCUACGCUUCCUUCUCCACCACCCCUAACUUGUCAUUCAUUCUGGCCAAGCAAGACAAGAAAAAGCAUCAGCAGCUUGUUAGGCGAUGGCAAAAGCGGUUAUUGGGUGAAUCCGAGCCUAUUGGUGCGCAUGUGGAUCCAUUCGAUCCUACCUCGCCCGUGAGAAUCGCGCCCGAAGAUCAGGGCGAUGAGCUCGAGGUACUCGCCGACGAUGAGGCUGCCCGGGAAUUGGACGCUAUAUAUGAAGAAGAAGUCAAUGGGGAAAGACUGCGACGUGUUGGUGGGGAUAAAUGGUUGGAUCAGCGUGAAGAGAGUCAACUUGCCAGGGAAUACGAAAAACUGACCAUGCGGACUUACACACCCAUGUCACAUACAAUGGCGGAUCAGAUAGAGGAUUUGACAGGAACUAUGUAUUCUCUUCGAGAUGAUAACCUGAUGAUGGCCCAGAAGUUCCAUGACUUCGGCAACAAGCCAUAUACUGAUUGGAGUUUUGGUCAAGCAACUCCUAUCCGCGAUCUGCCAACCAUACGUAGCAAGUUCCACCAGGCCGUUAUUGAGAUUUAUACACUCAAACACGCACGCCAAUUUUUGGAUCUUACAGGGCUGGCAAACCGAGGUGUAUAUGAUGUCCCAAAGUGGAUCCAGGAUGCGAAGCUGCUGCAAAUCGUCAGGGGACCGAGCAAAGGCCGAUACACUGUUGCUUUCCCCGAUCCUAAACAAUCGGAAGAUCUACUCAAAGCAAUGCGCCAUGUUCCGAGCUGGUCGAACCAGCAAGAAUGGUCUAGCGAGCAAGAGCUCCUACAAGACGUCGAAGCUGCUGUCGAAGAAGAGGUAUCACCAGCGGAAGAGCCUGCUCCCGAGAUGGACCCUAACACCCCUGCUUUCAAGCGUGCAGCCAUGGUAAAGCAGGAUCCCGACCAGAAGCCUUUUGACUUCAUGUCAAACCGACCCGUACCACGAACUCCACCUCAAAAUCCUCCUGUAAACGUAACAAUAGACGCGGGAGAGCCUGUAGCGGUAAAGGCAGACGUUUCACCAUCCACAUCCCCUAUUGUGGACGCUGAUAGCGCCAAGACACCAGGCCAGCCCGUCGAGCCUGAGAAGAUCAAAGAUGUCACUGAACAGCAGGCUGCCCCUAGCAAGAAAAGGCCUAAGACGGUGGAAGUAAAAUGGCGAGACGUGCCUCUCGUGAAUAUCGAGGAAAAAUUUGCUCUUGCCAAACGAAUGCGUCAACUCACUGGUCUCCUCGUAUCCGACCCAACUCUCACAUCCCUAACCACCUUGGGUGAGCUGUACCACCAUCUCUGCGCUGAUUCCAAACCGAAGCCAUCGAAACUCUUCAGCUACCUCCACAUCGAAGGUCAGCAGCAGGCUGAAGCCGCAAAGAAGGCCGCUGCUCAACAGACUUCGAACGCUCCCACUCCCACGAAAGCGAAUUUGGGCACUCUAUUGAAGUUGAAGAACGUGGAGCUUCAUCGUAAGAGGCCUAAUGCGAAGGAUCUACGUACAAAGAAGGGUCUCAGCAAGGUCAUAACAAAGGAGCUGCGCACUGGCGGCUUGGGUGCCGGGCCAAGCCAACCUGGGUUCAGAGCGUCAAUGAAGGAGAGAUCGUAUGUAAAGAGGGAGACUAAACUGAUUGAAGGAACGAAGGUUGCGCCGACAUUUGGUGUUGCGGUUUCGCCGACAGCCGCGCAAUUACUGAAAGAUAGAACGCAGAGGAAAAAGCAGGAAUGGUAUGACCAAGACAAGAGUUGGAAGCAAGUCGACAUGUUGAUUCGGGAAAGAAAAUUUGCGCCGGUCGAGUCCAAAUCGCAAUUGUAA